UAAGACCUGGUUACAAAGCAGCCAUAAUGGCAGUCUUCCAUUUCCAGUCUUGUAGAAGACAAAUAAUCAAAAAUGGAUAAGGAUAACAUGGUUUUCCCUUAAGGAUAUCAUUAUUUUUUCUUCACUAUGCACUCGAACACGUUAAAUAGUUCCAGUACAUUUAAAAAAACAACCGUUAUCCUAGAUCGAAAACCGCUAUUCUUGUCCUAUUCCAAAGUAUCAAUUGACCUCGAGGGUGGUCAGAAGACGAAAGGCAAUUCAAGAUCGAGUGCAAAUGGCUUGUUGAUUUAUAAAACAGUAUGGACAUGUAUGGUCGAAGCGUCUGUUGAGUACUGUAGAGUUGUCUAUGACCUUUUUCCUGCCCAGAAUUUGGUCAGGUUGAUUGUUUCAGAUACAACAAGUCAUUCCAUUAAUUCUUGGGCAGAAAAAGAUCAAUGUGUAUCCCAGGUUUUGAAGCCUCUUGCAGCUCUAAGAUCUAACAACUUUCCAGAUUUGGAAGAUGAAUUGUCAGUAACCCAUGGGUUGAUUGAGGCCCUUCGAUCUUUUGUGGAUAAUACUGGGCAGAAGAAACGAGUUAUCAAUGAUACUGAUAAUAAAGGAAGAAUUAUAUGUCUAACUUCCUUUGCGAGUGAUAAGGAGUUGAACGAAGUUGUUGGUGUUUUGUGCAAGACAUUCAAAUCUCUCUCAGAAUCUGCGAAGUCAAGCAGUUCACCGCCAUUACACUAUGUUGAUGUUGUGUUUAUUCAUAUUCCUCAAAGUGGUGAAGGUGGGAAACUCAGUGAAAAGACAUUCAAGCCAAUGUCAAAUAUAACAGUAUCAGUCCAGAUUAUGAAAUCUUCACAACUCGUCUCAAAAAUGACUUCAUUAGUACAGAGGCAUUUUAAUUUGAAAUCAACUAUUGUGACUGGUAUUCCAAUGAAGGAGGAGCAACAUGCUGGAGGUCCAAUAAAUUAUGAUGUAGAGUUAUAUCACAGUGCUGAUGUUCAUUAUGAAUUGGACAUGUUUAAUAUUUACUGUACGGAUAUAUCAGGACCAUGUGAACUUUCUCAACGACAUGAAAUCUUAAAAGACACUGUCACAUUAAAAUGGUGCACAACUCCAAAAACAAGUAAUAAUAUGGAUUUACAACAUUGUAUUGGAGCUUAUAGAUUUACAGUUGCUGAGGUUAAUAGCCGUCCUGCAGCCUGCCUUGUUACUUUUCUCCUACAAGGAAGGAAUGUAUUUCUAGAACAGCCUAAGAAGUCUGGGAAUAAAGUUAUUUCACAUGUAUUGACCAGUCAUGCUGGUGACCUUUACAUUCAUUGUCUUGGUAAUAACAGAUGUCCUUUAGAAGAACCCCCUUCCAUUAGUGAGGGAUGUGGAGGACGAGUUACAGAUUAUAGGAUAAAUGACUUUGGAGAGUUCAUGAAAAAUAACAGACUCGCACCUCUAACUGGGACAAAACCAAAAGGAAUAAUACCAUUGGAAAAAGCCACAUCUCGACUGGAACGUUGUACCAGAAUGUGGCCAAUGGUCAUCAGCGAUACUCUCCUUUUCAAUUUAACAACGCAUUUAGAACCACUAAUAACGAUCAUAUUCAAAGAACAUUUAACGGAAGAAGAUGUCAAUGAUUGCACGAGGGUGAUUAAUCGACUACAAGCUAUGGAGAGUCGAAAUGAGCCACUUCCUGUUAGCUCUGUGGGAUUCACUCGAGGCAAAGGGCCGAAACGUGCUGAACAAUAUCAACAAUUGUGGGCGGAAAUGGACACGUUUCUUAAGAUUACAAGCACAACAUCUAAAAUGCAUGCGAGAGUUUAUAAUUAUAUUCUUGGUGGUGAUCCGGAGAAUGACGAAGAAAAUUCCAAUGAUUCAAUGUCGAUUCAGAACGAAAACGAUGAAGUGUCCAGAAUUAGUCAGGCAUGGAAGGAAUUGGACAGUUAUCGUAACAUGUCGGAACGAGAGAGAUCCGACUUUUUGAGUGGAGAUAAAAACAACGAUCAUUUUUACAAACGAGCCCAGACAACACCACCUGUAGAUAGUACACCUGCAAAGAAAUCAACUGGAUCUCUUCCUCAGUUGUCAUAUAAAACAGGAGGAUCUAAGGCGUCCUUACUAAGUAUGUGGUGCAGUAGAAUGGACGCCAUUGCCGCCUCGAGACACGAAGAAUUUGAAGGACGUUCAGCGGCAUCAGGAAAUCAAGCGGAACUUUACACUGAACUUGCAACAACAGAGACAAACAGUGCUCGAAGUACGCCUGUUGGCGCCGAAUGGAACAUGUCGUGAUUUUUCACACGAACGUUGCCAAGCACAGAAUCUUGACUAACUACUUCUAAUACCUAUAUGCAAUGGGAUUGCACAUAUUUAAAUUUGGAUUAAUAUGAAUUUCAUAUUGUAAAAUACUUUUUAAAACCUAAAUGGCAGUAUAGGAACUAAAUUUCCACAGUUCUAUACAUAACACUCCUGAUGAAACAUUACAUGAAAUUCAAUCUGCCAAUACGCGCACGAUGGAAAAAUGAAAGAAAUAAAACAGGGCACAAAACAUUCCAUUUUAAUAAACACAACAAAACAACUAUUUUUUGAAAAACGUAAAAACUGUAAAUCGCGAACUCGUGGUUUAGUAUGACAAUCGAUAUCAGCUGUAAAAGUUUUUUUCUCAUUCUACUUUCAC